AUGUCUAACGAUGUCACUCCGGAGGCCAUGCAGCAGCGCAUUCAGCAGGCGCGCCGCGAAGCAGAGAGCCUGAAGGAUAGAAUUAAGCGCAAGAAGGAUGAUUUGGCCGACGGCACGCUAUCGAGUAUUGCGAAAAGUCAACAAGAAGCUCUACCCAGGAACCAGAUGAUGAGGACAAAGAAGACCUUGAAGGGCCAUCUCGCCAAGAUCUACGCCAUGCAUUGGUCCACAGACCGAAGGCAUCUGGUAUCGGCAUCGCAAGACGGAAAAUUGAUUAUCUGGGAUGCAUACACUACAAACAAAGUCCACGCCAUUCCAUUACGAUCCUCGUGGGUCAUGACUUGUGCUUAUGCUCCAAGUGGUAACUACGUUGCAUGCGGUGGUUUGGACAAUAUUUGUUCAAUUUAUAAUCUCAACCAACAGCGCGAAGGACCCCAAAAGGUUGCCCGAGAACUGUCAGGUCACUCUGGAUACCUUUCGUGCUGUCGGUUCAUCAAUGACCGAUCCAUCCUGACUUCCUCCGGUGAUAUGACUUGUAUGAAGUGGGAUAUUGAGUCUGGCCAGAAGGUCACAGAGUUCGCGGACCAUCUAGGUGAUGUUAUGAGCAUAAGCAUCAACCCCACAAACCAAAAUACCUUUGUGUCUGGAGCUUGCGAUGCGUUUGCGAAAUUAUGGGAUAUUCGAGCCGGUAAAGCUGUUCAGACCUUCGCUGGUCAUGAGUCAGAUAUCAACGCCAUCCAAUUCUUCCCUGAUGGCCAUUCAUUCGUCACUGGUUCUGAUGACGCUACCUGCCGCCUAUUUGACAUUCGCGCCGAUAGAGAGCUCAACCAAUACGGAAACGAGUCGAUCCUUUGCGGCAUCACAUCCGUCGCUACCUCCGUCUCCGGCCGACUCUUGUUUGCCGGUUAUGAUGACUUCGAGUGCAAGGUUUGGGAUAUCACUAGGGGCGAGAAGGUUGGAUCGCUGGUUGGCCACGACAACCGUGUUAGCUGUUUGGGGGUCAGCAAUGAUGGCAUGAGUUUGUGCACUGGAUCUUGGGAUUCAUUGCUCAAGGUCUGGGCCAUGUAA